GUUGCUCGACGCUCACCGCGUGAUAGGUGGGCGCUAAGUCCGAUGCGGGGCGCAUCGUAAGUGAUUGCUGUGCCGUAGCGCAUUGUCUUAUACCCCUUGGCGGGUCGACGGGAACGCUGUCGCGUCCCACUCUUGAAGGCGAAGCUUAAGCGUCCUCCAAUUUUUCAAGCGCUGCCGGUAGCUCGAUACGAAGUGAAGCAUGCAAAGGAGCCAGGAGAGAGCACGCGCUGGAAAGAGUGCGUUCGCUCUGACCUUAAGUUUCGCGUUGUUCGAGGGUAGUUCAGUGUUCAAAAUUAAUCGAAAAAAAGAGACCCGACAGCUAUCAUAUCGAUAGGCAGGGUGGGCAAUGUUCAAUUUCAUCGCGGGUGAUCGGGGCCGAGCGUAACCAAAAGAUAGUCGGCUUCCCGAGGCACCUAAUUAUGGAAAUUUGAAAGCAGAUUUUCGGCUGCUGAAGCCUGUUUACUAAACUGCGUCAGCAAAUGCACAAAUAGACAGUAGAAAGAAGCACACAGAUCCAAACAAACUUCUCCAUUGAUAUCACCUAUUGGUCAAUGGCAGUGGCAUAUGAGAAUCUGCUAUACUACGAGAUAAAGUGCCCACAAUGGAGUGAGGAGCAGCCCUCUGUUGAAUGGAUCAAGUGUGAGAAAGAGGUGACCUCGCGCUUCGCUUGCGAUCUCCAAGCACCCCGCACGGCUGCAAAAUUUUGCUGAGAUAUUCACAGCAACAUAUAUUAUCCGCGGUGUGCGUUUUUUUUUUUCCGUCAAGCCCGAGAGGUGGUUCAGGACCGCUUUAACUUAAUCUCCUUAACGCCGAAAAAAAAAAACGUGGCAACACGUGCUACGAUUCACAUUUCGUUUUAGGAAAACUUGUUGGCAACCCUUGUGAAUAAAACCUCUUCAAUUAAAGAAAUUAUUGUGAUUUCCAGACCUCAUCAGCCGGAACAUUUUCAUGGAGUUCGCCCUCGAUGCUGGCAAGCAGAUGGGGGACUUCCUGCGUGGUCCAACGACCACCGUUACCUCUACGUUCAAAGGGAUCGACCAAGAGGAUGCGAAGAGAGUGAUCAGCUGGGUGAUCUCGAAACUUCAGUUUUGAUAUCUCUCUUUUGAGUUCUCUAGCAGGAACUUGGGAUGGAAACGCUCGUAAUCCUCAACCGGCAUUGCGUCCCCAAACGGGAGCAGAUAGGUCCCCUCCACGAUGCGGCAUUGCCCUUCGGGGUUCUCCGAUAUGACCCAACCAGGAGAAGUGUUCGCAGUCGACUGCCUGAGGCUGAUCGUGCCGAGCAAGCAGAAAGUUGAUCAACUAAAUGAGGAACACCACAGUGCAGAUCCUUCUACUCCUGUCUGUAGGCUCGACGCUUCAUCAAGGACAGCAUUUCAAGCUUUUCCUGAGAACACGAUACAGGUGGCGCUGACAAGGUGGUACGAUGACGGAAUGGGCGACCAGGCGCUACCCUUCGGUACCGUGUUCACCAUCAAGUACCGGGGCAUCCAACACCAGAGCGCCAGGAAGCUCGCUUUACUCUACAAUGUCAAAUCUACAAUCUACAAGUCUACAAUGUCAAAUCCAGAAAAUUUCCAGAACAACCUCCAGGAAUCCCGAAGGAACUUGGGAUGGAAACGCUCGUAAUCCUCAACCGACAUUGCGUCCCCAGACGGGAGCAGAUAGGUCCCCUCCACGAUGCGGCAUUGCCCUUCGGGGUUGGGAUCUAUCUCCAGGAGCCCAACACAAUUUGGGCACGCUUACACAGAACCAACGCGCUACAGGAAAUGACGCAAGGUAUCGAGGUGAUCACCGGGGACACCCGAACAUCAUUUACCGAGAAUCUGAUCAGUCGCAGCAUCCUCAUGGAGUUCGCCCUGGAUGCUGGGAAGCAGGUUGGAGACUUCGCGCGUGGUCGAACGACCACCGUGACAUCCACCUUCAAGGAGGUCGACCAAGAGGACGCAAAAAGAGUGAUUAGCUGGGUGAUCUCGAAACUUUAGUUUUGAGCAGCUGAUCAGCGCUGAUCACCCAGCUGAUCACGGCCCUCGAUGCUCAACAAAAGAACAAAAAAAAUUAAAGUGUGCAUUUCUGUUC